AGGGACAAUAGAUGCAACAGUCUGAGCAUGUGUGUAUGGCUACAUGUGCGUGAAAAAAUCUCAGAAAUGUCAAACAAACCGCAUCAGUCACACUACAACAACGAUAACAACAGCACAUUAGUAAACAAAAAAAAAACAAGACAGCGAAGAAGAAAUGUAAAACAUGAAUUUCCUCUGGAUAGUUUGUUUGAUACUAGCUCAAGAACUGUGUAGGAAUGCUGUGUAUGCUAUAUAUAAUGGGGGCACACUAUCGUCAUCGGAUCCCGAGGAUGAACAAUUGGAAUUGGUGGCCAUAAAUGGUCAAGACUUUCUAAGUAAUAUUACGAAAGAUAUAAGUGGAAAGCCAUGGCAUGAUGAUCGUGAACAAAAUUACAUAAUUCGCUGUCUUCGACCGACCAAAUGUGAACGUAUUCAGACUAGUACAUGUUUUGGUGGAAAAAUUCUAUAUAAAUUCACCAGCGGACAGUUGUCGGAGGAGGGGAAUCAAGAGCAGAAUCUCAAGAAAUUAGCCCAAUUGGAAGCAUUGAAAAAUGUUCCAAAGUGUUGGGAAGUCAUUCAGCCAUUUUUGUGUGCCGUUUAUUUGCCCAAAUGCACAAAGAGCAAAGGCAAAGAUUAUGUCUACCUGCCGUCAUACGAAAUGUGCCAAGUGACUGCUGACCCAUGCCGCAUUUUGUAUGAGACCGACCUCUUUCCAAGCUAUCUGAAAUGCGAUGAAAAAAUAUUCCCUUGCAAAAAUUGUAGCAAUGAUGUUCGUGACAUGAAAUUCACGUCGAUCUCGAGCCAAUGUGUAUCGCCGCUCGUUGCAACCGAUUCGGCAAUCAAUUAUUAUCCAGAUAUUGAGGGCUGUGGUCUGCAAUGCAAAGAUCCCAUGUAUACGGAUGAAGAGCACGAGUCGGUGCAGACGUUGAUUUUCUGGGGAGCGAUCAUUUGUUUUAUUUGCAACUUUUUCGUGAUUGCAACAUUUUUGAUCCAUGAUUGGAAGCACUCAAAACAUCCUGCAUGGAAUUUGUUCUACAUCAGCAUUUGCUUCCUUUGUAAUUGGGUUGGAUGGAUGUUGCAAUUUGUACCCGGCCAUCGUGAGAAUAUUGUGUGUCGACGCGAUGGCACUCUACGCUACUCUGAACCGAGUGCUGGUGAUAAUCUUGCUUGUAUCAUCCCAUUCAUUUUGAUUUACUACUUUUUAAUCGCGGCCAAUGUCUGGUUUGCCAUUUUCACAUACGCUUGGUACUUACAAACGAAGGAUCGAGGAAGCAUUCGAGAUCGCAUCGACAAAGAAAGUUUCUAUUUCCAUUUCAUCGCGUGGGCUUUGCCCUUUAUUCUGACGGUCACAAUAAUGGUGCUGAGUGAAGUGGAUGGCAAUAGUAUUACCGGGAUUUGUUUUGUUGGAUAUCGCAAUCGUGCCAUUCGCAGCGGUUUAGUUUUAGUUCCUGUGGCCAUAUUAACCUUUGGCGUUAGCGUAUUCUUCUCAUUUAAAGGUGGCAUCAACUUGAAUCGCAUUAAACGAAGUACCAGUAGCGGCGAGGAGUCCAAGAAACUGAAUUCACACAUUCUGGGCAUGUGUUUUCGCACAAUGUUAGUCGUGUUUUUCAUUCUUGCAUUUUUCAUCUUCGAAACCUAUGAAGUGCGCAAUACUGCCCUUUGGACCAAGAGCUUGAAUGACUUUAUCAUAUGCAAGAUAAAAGAAAGUCAUCCGGGCAAUGUCAAGUGUAAAAUUCAGAACCGUCCAAGUAUUGCCGUUCUUCAGCUUCGCUUAUUGUGUUUAUUCUGUGUGAACUUGGUGAUAUCAUCAUGGUGUUGGACAUGGCCAGCACUUAAGACAUGGAAGCGAUUUCUUAAAAAGAAAAUUGGGUACGAGCUCAGCGAAGACGAAAAGUACACUAAACCAAAACACCGUAUAAUAGCCGAUGCAUAUGCAAAGCGAGGCGAUGAAGUAAUUUCUGUUUCGAUUGAAAAUUCCCACACUGAUCCAGCUGGUUUGAAUUUCGAUGUCAACAAUCUAAACCACCCAGCUGAAUCAGAUGGAAUGAGUGCAACUCUGACCAAUUAUCUAUGCAACAUAAUAAACCGACGAAACGCUGUAACGUUGGAAACAAUGGAGUUUGGCGAACAAAAUACGAAUUGUGUGCCAUAUACAAGUUCAUGUGCCGAUAAUAAUUCGGAGAUAAGUGUGAGCGUUCGACACUUUUCGGUUGAAUCAAGGCGCAAUUCAAUUGACUCGCAAGUGUCACAAGUGUCGGUGAAAAUGUCGGAAACAAAUAUCAAAGCCACAUUGGAGAGCCGCUCACAGAAGCGCGUCAAUAUGAAAAGUGAGAAACGACAACGUAACUACAUGUACAAACGAAAGAAUAAUCGUCGUCGGGCUAGCAGCUCAUCGGUGGAAAGUCAACGCAUAACAAAUCAAAUGCAAAGCAUCAAAUACAAACAUCCGAAUCGCAUUCAGGUCACCGAAAACACGAUCGGAAGACAGAUUGAAAGACGAAGUGCCAUAUCGGCGACGCCAGCUGAUAUAAAUGACAUUAAACAAUUACUCAAUCGCCAUAAUUUGAAGUUGACAUCUGACGAUGACGACGAUCAAUCGAUGGACGUACACCAAACAAUGAAUGCCAACGAACCAUCAAAUAUGCUGGUACCAUUGGGCACACAUCCGCUUCAACCGGUCGACAGCACUGACAGUUUGGAGAUGUCAAAUGAGAAAAAAGAAGCGUCCAUUGAUCAGAUUCUCAAGUGCAUCCUGAAAAAUAGCAACGGAAAGCAAUUGGAAAACCUUCUACGACGAAGCUAUGAACGUUCCAACGAACGAACUGAACACGGAUCGAGCACAAUUGGAAAGAAAGAUCGCAAUAGCAUGAAAAGUUCAAAGAAUAAACGAAAUUCGCACAGUAAAAUGUACGCACAACAGAAGAAUGAUGAACCACUUUCAUCAAAAGCACAAUACGACAAGGAGCCGACGAAUUCAAUGUCAUCAUCGAUGGAAAUUGGUAUGAUUGCGCAAUUGAAUGGGACACAAAGCUCAUUCUCUGAUCAGUCAAUGAAUCGCAUGAAAACACAAUCUCAAAAUAGCAAGGGAAGCUGCGAUGUUGGCAUUCAGGCCAACGACUAUGAUAUUGCAUCGCAUGCAAGGGUUCGUUCGCACUCCCGUGACGAUUGCGACAAAGACUACUUGCCGGAGAAGCUUCAAUCACAUUAUCACAAUAAUCAAGAUGAUGAAUGCACCGAAAUGCAUCAACUGUUGCCCUUGAAAAAGCGCAACCAGCCGACAAUCGUCCGGAAGAACACAAUCAGUAGCAAGCAGUUAAGUGAAUCGGAAAAAAUGGAAAAGUUAAAGAAACUCUUGCUGCCAUAAAGCGAAUAUAGCUAUCCUAUAACACACAUCAGUCCUAUAAGUAGCAUCUUCGUCUAAUACUUAAUCUCAUAGAUUUUAUGAAUUAAAAUAAGCAAUUUUGGACUCGAUACAUCGAAAAGAAUGUACCACUAGAUAUUUUAUUCUAAAUUGAGCCACUUGCGGCUCCGAACUGAUAAACACUGCUAAAAUAUUUUAUUUUUGACUGUUUUUAACCAACAAUUCAACAAGUUAUUUGCCAAAAUUUUUUGUAUCUCUAUUAAUGAACAUUUCUUCUUUGACUUUAUUGAAUCUUCCAUCUUUUUUCAAAUAAAACCUCAUCCAAUAUUUUAUGAAAUUGAAUGGAAAAUUUUACUAUGAUAGUUAUCUCAUAAAUACUCAACCGAUUGUAUUGACAUGUAGUUUUAUCUUGAAAUAAAGAUAUUUAUACUAGACCGAUUUAAGAAA